GGUUGUGUCCAUUGACAGAAAUCUACCUGCUGUAUGCCAAGCUGGAGAUGGAGCACGGUAUGGCCAGGCAUGCUAUGGCAGUCUACGACAGAGCCACCCGAGCUGUGUUACCAGAGCAACAGUAUGAGAUGUUGAACAUCUACAUCAAGCAGGCAGCUCUGGUCUAUGGGGUCACCCACACACGCAGCAUCUACGAAAAAGCUAUUGAAAUCCUGCCCAAUGAUCAGGCCAGGGAGAUGUGCCUCAGGUUUGCAGACCUGGAGAAGAAAUUGGGUGAAAUUGAUAGAGCCCGAGCUAUUUACGCCCACGGAUCCCAGAUCAGUGACCCAAGGGUGGCGCCACAGUUUUGGGAAUCAUGGAAGGAGUUUGAGAUCAACCAUGGCAAUGAGGACACAGUUCGGGAGAUGCUGAGAAUCAAGAGGAGUGUCCAAGCUACCUAUAACACACAGGUCAACUUUAUGUCAGCACAGAUGGUGGCGGCCCAGAACAAGAAAAAUGAUAUUGGUUCACUCGAGGGAGAUGAGAUGCAGCAGCUGGAAGCAAGAGCACGCCAGUUGGCACGGGAAUCCCUCCAAGAGAAGGCACAGGCUGAGAAAAAGCUUCUGUUUGUCAGAGGCAGCAACACAGAAGAGGAGCUGGGUGACCUCACUAAGACAAACAACCCCGAGGAAAUCAACAUUGAUGAUGAGGAGGAUGGGUCUGAUGAUGAUGAAGAAGUGGAAGAAAUGGAAGUGCAGCAGCAAAAUAUUCCAUCUCAAGUGUUUGGUGGCCUUCAGCACAGUCAUGGUGCUGGCGCAGAUGAUGAUGAUGAUGACUGA